GAAAGAGCGGCGAUUGCUAAGCUAACGAGCGAGCUGGCUAACUAACUGACGGCCAAUUUGACUUAAAAGGUGUCCGUUACACCCAAAGGAAAAUAAAAAUGCAAUUUUUUUGUCUUCCGAGACCAUCACGAUGCGGACUAGGAGGGAUACAGGGCCCCAGGUGUCCACCAAGCCUUAUAUUAAGAAGCCCCCCAAGUUUGAGGCGAGUGCUCCAUUUUGAUGAGGAGCGAGAGGACGCCUGGGCCGAAUCUGCCACCUGUAAGUCUCCGAUCUCAAACGUAGCGGAGAUCAGGUCCGCCUUGGGCCCAUCAUGCAGGCUCCAUGUUGACGAGCGGGAGGACGCCAAAUCUGACACUCCCAGUUCCAAAAUGGACUUGAGGUCCCAGUCGGGCCAUUCAUGCUGGCUGAAGAAAGGUGGCAAAGGGAGCCCAGGUCCAGAGACUGCAAACACAAAUACAUAACAUCCGUCAGUCCUGAGACGUUCAGUCCAAGCGCAUUUCGGCAUGGAUCUGCCUGAGCCGCUCCAAUUCCUCGAAGAAAGGGAGCUGCUCAGCCGGCGUCAGUGACUUCCACUGUGGACAUCAUCAAAGUGUCAGCGCACACAUGCAUAACACCACCACACAAGCUACGAGGACGUGUUUGUCGCAAACACACUCACCAUCUUCCCUGGAUUUUAUUUACAGCGACACUGUCAAAUGUUUUUAUAUUGGGCCUCCGCUCCUUCAUAAAGACCAUGAUGUAUUCCUUGUUCUCCUAUUGGGAAACCAAAGCAUCAGCAUGUCGCCUCUGUGUGGAUGUGCCAGGAACGACAUUUUGCAGAGAAUAGUUACUUUGAGCGGCACGGUAGACAACUGGUUAAGAGCGUCUGCCUCACAGUUCUGAGGACCGGGGUUCAAUCCCCGGGCCCGCCUGUGUGGGGUUUGCAUGUUCUCCCCAUGCCUGCGUGGAUUUUCUCUGGGCACUCCGGUUUCCUCCCACAUCCCAAAAGCACGCAUGGUCGGUUAAUUGACGACUCUAAAUUGCCCGUAGGUGUGAAUGUGUGCGCGAAUGGUUGUUUGUUUAUGUGUGCCCUGCGAUUGGCUGGCAACCAGAUUGGGUGUACCUCGCAUCCUGCACGAUGAUAGCUGCGAUAGGCUGCAGCCCUCCCGCGACACUUGUGAGGAUAAGCGGCUCAGAAAAUGGAUAGUUACUUUGAAUUUGGUGGCAGAGGACAAGGAGGAGGGAGAACUGCGCCAGGCACCAGUUGGUAACAGAUUUGCCCUAUUCUACAAACACAUCAAGACACACGUGUUAAACAACAGGAAGUGUGUGAAGAUGAAAACAUUCAGGGAGUCAUACACAUUUUACAUAUUAUAUGGCACAAACAUGAUGUACACAAUUGUGUAUGUUACUUACAUCACUCAACAGGACCUUGGUUGACGCUCGCCAUAUGUGGCGCACCAGUGACCUGCAAACAACAAAUUAUUCACCUACUUUUUAUUAAUUUCUAGUAGUAACAUAUAACUACAAAUCCUCAUAUAGAACAUUAAUUGGAAGCACUAAACAAAGUAAUCAUAGCUGUAUAUUUUGACUUUUAUAACAAGCCUCAUAUUUGCAUGCAUGUUCCAAAACGUUUUUGCUUGUGGAUUGAAGUUAUUUGUUUUAAUCAUCACAUCUCGCUGUUAUUCCUCACAAAACAUUUGAAACGGUAAAAUACGACUCACCAUUAAACAUGAUUUAAGAUCAGAUAAUCCUUUAUCCCCCAGAGAGGAAAUUUAGGUUACAGGAGCACACAGCAUAUUAUUUAUAAAAUAAGAAAAAUAGUUAGAAAUAAAGUUCUGUACAAUGACUUUCUUGAAUGAUUAAGAUAAAAACUGAGACUGCCAUCAAAUUUUAAAGUUUGAUUUACACGAUAGGAGAGAUCUUUUAAGACGACUCCCGUAAUACAAUUGUAAUUUUUCUGUGACAAAUAUUAAGAAAAUUGUCACUCUUUAAAACCGGUGAAAUGGCACCAAUUUAUGGUAAACCUCUUAAUGCAAAGUCAAUGGGGGUGGGGGGGGGGGGGGGAAUUAAAAGGUUGUGUAUGUAUGUGUUUACAUACUGUGUAUAGUUGAUAACAAAAAAAAAUCACGAAAUUAGCGUUGGAAGUGACAGAAAAUAUGAGCCGUAACUUCACAACUGACCUGGCCAACUGUUCGUGCAACAUGUAAGACGACCAAUUUAUUUCAAAUUUGGCACAAACAGAGAAACGUAACCAAAAAACGCAACGUAUAAUUUUGAAAAAACGUUUAGACUUGGGGGGGGGGGGUUGUGUUGUUUUAUGGCGGUUGGCAACAAAGCUUAAGGUGCAUUACCGCCGCCUACUGUAUGUAUCUCAUGGCAACAAAGUUUAAGGUGCAUUACCGCCGCCUACUGUUAAAUAAAUGUAUCACGUAUGCCUACUAACUUAUUACUCCAAAUAAAAACAAAAAGUAACAAUUUACACAGAUAUGUGUAACUAUCACUACUUAGCUAGAAGUCCUAUGGCGUGUACGCAACACGAGCUGAGUUGAAAUACCUUCAAAAUAUUUGUGGAAAUAGUUACAUAUUACAGCAAUUUUUUUGCGUGACAGCCAGUGUCCAUAAAAACAGGAAGCCUUAUUGUCAGAAAUGGGAAAAAAAAAAACAAUUAUCGCUAUUUUGAAUUUUUACUGGGAACUCCUCAACCUCAUCCAAUCGGGAUGUAUCAGAAGGUAAAAAGUUUUUUUCUUUUUUCCUCCCACAUCCCAAAAGCAUGCAUGAAUUGGGAGACUCAGCCCGGCUGGCAACCAGUUCAGGGUGUACCCUGCCUCCUGGCCGAUAAUAGCUGGGAUAGGCUCCAGCACUCCCGCGACCCUAGUGAGGAGAAGCGGCUCAGAAAAUGGAUGAACCAAAAAGCUAUAACGACUGUAAAUAUUCAUCAUUUUUUAAUAUUGUGUAAGUGUAUAUAUUCUUACUUUAUUAGUCUAAUAAAAAUGUGUUUUCUUGGGUUAAACAGACUAUUGAUACAUUCAAAUUCAACACGGGCCAGUCGUUAGUUAGAAGCCGCUUCUUUGAUCUCUUUGAUCAUCAUGAUGACGUACCAAAGGUGUCCCGAGUCCUCACGUGAUUGGCUGGUUUCAAGCCUGCCUAAAUAGCAAUGAUCAAGAUGACGAUGACGUAUCAAAGGUGUCCCGAGUCCUCACACGAUUGGCUCGUUUCAAGCCAGCCGAAAUAUUAGCGUUAAUAACGGCGAUCGAGUUGACCCAAGAGCGCUCCGUCCCGAGGACGACGACCAACGUGGAGUGGGACUUCAAUUUCGUCCACGCAGACAUGACGACCAGCAGUCGCGAGCAGCAGGUCAGUGGUGACUCGAUGGUGGUGAGCCAAAUGCCUGUUGCAAUUGUCAAUGGACAGCUGUUUUAUCAGUUGGCCCCAGCCUCCUUCUUUGUCCCUCCUCCUCCUGCACCCCCACCACCACCACCACCACCCAAAACAAGGAGGAACCCCUCAAAAAAGAGGAAUAAAUGCGCAGAGGAGCCCACCAGGCCUUAUAUCAAGAAGCCCCCAAAUGCCUUCAUGCUCUUCAUGAAGGAGCAGCGGCCUGUCGUCAAAGCCAAAAUAGUUAAUAAAGACAGCGCGACGUUGAACAAGGUCCUGGGGAAGAUGUGGAAGUCGUUGACGCUGGAAGAGCAGCUUAAAUACUUCCAGGAAUCGGAGCGGCUCAGCCAGAUCCACGCCAGCAUGUACCCGGACUGGACCUGCAGAGACAACUACGGCAAAAAGAAAAAAAGAAUGUGGGGCAGUGCAGCCACCAGGUUAAAUGGUCUGACCAUGUCUGCACCCGAGCUGCCCCACGCGCCGUCCACAUGCACCGGCAUCCUGCAUGAGGGGCACGAGACGGACCUGACCUCUCAGCUGCUGAAGGAGCUGGAAGCACAAUCAUCCUCGUCGUCCCUCUGCUCCACCGACACGGCGGAGUCGGACACGAAGGAGGCGGCGAGCGCAAGUGCCACGUAUGCACCGAUGUCCACAUACAGCCCCCCCUCCUCACCUUUGGGGUUGACCAUCGAUCUGGACACAUAGGCAUUACAGACAUUUAAUGCGUCUGCUUUUUGUUUUAAUUUCCUUAUUUACCAAAAAACAAGCUUUGAUUCAGUCCCCCCGCCCCCCACCAGCAUUAUACCUCCUGAGCAUCUUCCACAGAAAUCAUAUAAAUACAUCUAUUUUCCUUUGCAAGACAAUGUGAAAAUAGGUGCUUCCUCUUUUAAGUUAUUUGGACUUUCAGCGUGUCCCAAUGUAAUCUGGUAUAUAUGCAACCUACAGUGGGUACGGAAAGUAUUCAGACCCCCUUAAAUUUUUUAUAUUGCAGCCAUUUGCUAAUUUUUUUCCACAUGAAUCCCCAUAUUGACAGACAAAAAAAAAAAGGAAUAGUUGAAAUUUUUGGGCGGCACGGUGGCCAACUGGUUAGAGCGUCAGCCUCACAGUUCUGAGGACCCGGGUUCAAAUCCAGCCCCGCCUGUGUGGAGUUUGCAUGUUCUCCCCGUGCCUGCGUGGGUUUUCUCCGGGCACUCCGGUUUCCUCCCACAUCCCAAAAACAUGCAUUAAUUGGAGACUCUAAAUUGCCCGUAGGCAUGACUGUGAGUGCGAAUGGUUGUUUGUUUCUAUGUGCCCUGCGAUUGCCUGGCAACCAGUUCAGGGUGUACCCCGCCUCCUGCCCGAUGACAGCUGGGAUAGGCUCCGGCAUGCCCACGACCCUAGUGAGGAGAAGCGGCUCAGAAAAUGGAUGGAUGGAUGAAAUUUUUGCAAUUCAUUAAAAAAGAAAAACUGAAAUAUCACACAGACAUAAGUAUUCAGACCCUUUGCUCAGUAUUUAGUAGACGCACCCUUUUGAGUUUUUCACACGUGCUUUGGGGAUCAGCCAUUCCUCCUUGCAGAUCCUCUCCAGUUCUGUCAGGUUGGAUGGUGAACAUUGGUGGGCAGCCAUUUUCAGGUCUUUCCAGAGAUGCUCAAUUGGAUUUAAAUCAGGGCUCUGGCUGUGCCAUUCAAAAACGGUCACAGAGUUGUUCUCUGUGUGCUUAGGGUCAUUGUCUUUUUUGAAGGUGAACCUUUGGCCCAGUCUGAGGUUCUGAGCACUCUGGAGAAGGUUUUCGUCCAUGAUAUCCCUGUACUUGGCCGGAUUGAUUUUUUCUUCAUUUGCAACCAGUCUCCCUGUCCCUGCAACUGAAAAACACCGCCACAGCGUGAUGCUGCCACCACCAUGCUUCACUGUUGGGACUGUAUUGGACAGGUGAUGAGCAGUGCCUGGUUUUCUCCACACAUACCGCUUAGAAUUAAGGCCAAAAAGUUCUGUCUUGGUCUUGUCAGACCAGAGAAUCUUAUUUCUCACCAUCUUGGGAGUCCUUCAGGUGUUUUUUUUAGCAAAUUCCAUGCGGGAUUUCAUGUGUCUUGCACUGAGGAGAAGCUUCCGUCGGGCCACUCUGCCAUAAAGCCCCGACUAGUUGAGGGCUGCAGUGAUGCUAGACUCUCAAGAACUUUCUCCCAUCUCCUGACUGCAUCUCUGGAGCUCAGGCACAGUGAUCUUUGGGUUCUUCUUUAACUCUCUCACCAAGGCUCUUCUCCCCCGAAUGCUCAGUUUGGCCGGACGGCUAGCUUGAGGAAGGGUUCUGAUCGUCCCAAACGUUCCAUUUCAGAAUUAUGGAGGCCAUUGUGCUCUUAGGAACCUUAUGUGCAGCAGAAAUAUUUUUGUAACCUUGGCCAGAUCUGUGCCUUGCCACAAUUCUGUCUCUGAGCUCUUCAGGCAGUUCCUUUGACCUCAUGAUUCUCAUUCGCUCUGACAUGCACUGUGAGCUCUAAGGUCUUAUACAGACUGGGGUGUGGCUUUCCUAAUCAAGUCCAAUCAGUAUAAUCAAACACUGCUGGACUCCAAUGAAGGUGUAGAACCAUCUCAAGGAUGAUCAGAAGAAAUUGACAAGCACCCGAGUUAAAUACAUGAGUGUCACAGCAAAGGGUCUGAAUAAUUAUAUAUAU